AUGUCUAAGAGAGCGGCAGAUCAAUUCGAUGAGCAAUCAUCUGCUCUGAAGGCUGGCGAUCGUCCAAUGGUCGAUGCUACCCCCGAUGAGGUGGGGGAGUUCGAGGACGAAUUUGAAGAUGAGUUUGAGAGUGAGGAUGAGAUUCUGGAAGCUGGUGUAGAUGGUCGCCCAGAUGCUGAGCGCGAGGAGGAAGAGAGAGAGGCUAUGGAAGUCGACAAGGAGACCUUCAUUCCAGGACGUACAAAAUUGGCACCAGGAGAGACACUUUCACCCGAUCCUUCAACCUACGAUAUGCUUCACACUCUCAGCGCUCCCUGGCCGUGUCUAUCCUUCGACAUUGUGCGCGAUUCGCUCGGUGAUAACCGCAAGACAUUCCCCGCUACCGUUUAUGCUGUCGCCGGUACACAAGCAGAGGGAAGCCGGGCUAAGGACAAUGAAUUGUUGGUGUUGAAGAUGAGUGGAUUGAGUAAGAUGGAACGGGCGGGUGAAGACUCGGACAGCGACAGUGACUCGGACGACGACAUGGGUGAACCCAUUCUUGAGCACAAUCCGCAGACUACUCGAAACCCCCCACAGACUCUGACAGCCACCAUGCUCGAGAACUCGCAAGUUCUCAUUCACGAUGUCACGACCCACCUUGCUAGCUUCGAUGUGCCCGGUACUAUUAUUCCUCCCUCCGCCUCGAAGCCUCUUUCCACCCUCCGCAUGCACAAGUCCGAAGGUUAUGCCCUGGACUGGUCUCCCCUUCAGCCUCUGGGUAAACUUUUGACUGGUGACAACGACGGUUUGAUCUACGUUACCUCCCGCACCGAGGGCGGCGGUUGGGUUACCGACAACCGGCCAUUCAGCGCCCACACCUCUUCUGUUGAGGAACUGCAAUGGUCUCCUAACGAGCGUAAUGUUUUCGCAUCUGCCAGCAGUGACGGCAGCGUGAAGGUUUGGGAUGUGCGUUCCAAGUCCCGCAAGCCCGCCGUUGAUGUCCACAUCUCCAACACCGACGUCAACGUCAUGAGUUGGUCAAACCAGACUUUCCAUCUUCUUGCAACUGGUGCCGAUGAUGGUCAGUGGGCUGUUUGGGAUCUCCGUCACUGGAAGCCCGAUGUUUCAGCUCCUUCCGCCCGGAUCUCCGCCGCCCCCGUCGCCUCAUUCGACUUCCACAAGGAGCCCGUUACCAGUAUUGAGUGGCACCCCACCGAUGACAGUGUUGUUGCUGUCGGAUCUGCAGACAACACUGUUACUCUCUGGGAUUUGGCUGUCGAGCUGGAUGAUGAGGAGAGCCGACAGGCCGGUAUGGCUGAUAUUCCUCCACAGCUGCUCUUCGUGCAUUACAUGGAGUCAGUGAAGGAGAUUCACUGGCAAGCCCAGAUGCCCGGUACUUUGAUGGCCACCGGUAGCAGUGGAUACAGGUAUGUUCAUAUAUUCCCUAGUCUCAGUUUUAUUUUCCAUCGCUAA